AUGUUCGCGGUGUCUGUGUGUAGUGUGAGCGGCAGGCGGCAGGAGGCACUUGUUGCGCAGCGCCCGCGAUCGAUACUACCGCUGGGCCACGACCUGCAGCCUCCGACACCUCCCGCUCUACACGCAGACACCUUCUAUUCAACGCAGAAAUCUCUUCCCCCACCACGGGGCGCUAAGAAAACAAUUUCAUCCGACAAUCGCAUUCCCUCUCCAAUAUCCGUCGUCGUGAGUUUUAAGGCACCGUUUCGUUUCAUUCAAAUCGGAGCGUGCCGUAAUAAAUUGCCGAAUAUUAACGCCCCGCCGAAAUUUCGUACCUGCGUGAGAAAGUUC